AUCACACGACUUCAUCGAGAAAUUAAUUGCCUUUAGGCUCCAUGACUUUAUUCUUGCGAUAUUCGCUGUUAGCUCUUCUCAAACUAUUCCAAUGGGCGCCUUUACUGGCGACCCUCGAUCCUUUCAGUUCCAUCCGGCGCAUCGACGGAGAUUCUACGAGCCUCGAGAGACAUCACUUUCUGUGGUCAAAUCCCCCUACAAACUAUCCCCCCGCUUCAAGCAAUAGAAGCAGUCAUGCGUCUGCUCUUGACCCCAAUUUCCCCCCAUCAUCCUCUGCUUUCACCUACGCACUCUUGAUUUCUCAGCACAAACACUAUUUAUCAAACUUCGUCGAUUCUCUAGCUCUGCUAUACUCUGAACAGUUGAUUUAUUUCAACGGUGGUUUUUGCAACAUCCUGGUCUUGGUUGCGCUCAACCUUGGUCUCAUAUGCCUCUAUUCUGUUACUUGCCAGCUUCAAAGAAAUAUUCAUCUACUGGUCCCAUCGUGGUGCAGCCUCAAAACCAUUUUUACAGAUAGGACCAAGAGCGUAUGCACCAUUCCUGACCAAGAAGCGUACAACAGCGAUUCAGGUUUCCUUGCUACAAAACAAGACCUCUUGCGAGCUCCCAACAAACACACCUUACACGAUGAUCUGGACAGUUCCGAAAUUCAUGGUGCAGCCAACUUAUAUAACAGUCGAUCUGUACUGCCACAUGGAACGAGUAACGAUCAUAGCGAUACCGAGCACACGCCGAAUCACGAGUCUGGGUUCUGCCACCAUCUAGUGUCCCUGGACGUAUCACCUUCCCUCGAAUCGCUGAGCUCUGCGGGUUUUGAACCAGUCAUCUGCGGUGCUAAGCCUUCGAACCCACGCCCGCUCCCACGUCCGGUGCAUCUCGUCCGCAACUCCCCGCCACCUGCUGAGGCUGUAUCUCACGAAACAGCAAGAAUGCACGAUACGGAUCGGCCAGCUCGCGAGCGCGAUGGUGCACCUCACAACGGCAACCCCCAAAUAGUUUUACAAAGGCCCGAUUACGGCGGGUACAUCUCUGUCUCGAGUAGCCAAGCUUCUUUGUCAUCGAUGGUUCCCCAAAAGCGAAGCUGGUCUCACGCGACUGCGCUCGGUUCACCGGACAAUUCCGAUCUUGAGGAAGACGGCGAUUCAAGUUUCGAGGAAGGGUCUUUGGUCAGCGAGUCUCCAGGGGAUCAAUUAGCUCUCGGAUUAUCUCUGCCACGAUCCAAUAACGAGAACGAGAAUCAUGUCACAUUACGUCUUUCACCGUCCACCUCCAGACGCGAUGAUAUCAAAGAGCACGAUUCUCUUUGUCAUUCAGAAUCCACAGCUAUGCCAUUCGAUGUGCACCGACGGAGUGCCAGCACGCCGGCCCCUUCUAGCAGAAGCAGCCAGCAUUCGGUUGAACGGGACAACAGUCCAUCAAGUGGUUCAGAACGCAAAUUCGACGGAUCGGAUUCAUUCUGGGAAGCGGCUGUGCAAGAAAGAUUGAGAGUCACUGCCACCUUUACGACUUUAAAGCCACUCAAACCGAAGUGCGCCAGAGCUACGACGGUCCACCCGUCUCACACCACCGCCACUGAUGGCGAACAGCCCGACAGGAGCCCUUCCAGCGGGUCCGCAGCUCGUUCGCCCCCCUGGACUAUUGUUGCACGAAAGACGCCGUGCGCCCACAGUACUCCGCAACAGCUCAAUUCCGGUGAGACGAAGGAUCAGUGCGUCGUCGAUGAUGCCGUACCAAAGCCAGGAACGCCGGGGCUAGCCUCCAAUCAAGCUGACAGGUAUGUCAACCUGAAAUUGGGACAACCAUCGCUCCUUGAUGAACAUCGAUGCAGCUUCCCUGGAUUAGCCCUACGCUCGGGCGCGUAUGCAAAGUACGUUCCCCCGCAACGACGUGUGGCUGGCGAGCUCGUCUAUACUGUCUCACAGCGGAUAAAGCCCACGCCGCAUCGUUCAGAGCGCGUGAGAUUCGGAUCUUCGUCGCCUAUGCUGGAGAUGAGAUCUCGUUCGUCUACCUUGUCUCCUUGGAGUCCGUUCGCACCACCCGAAUUUCCCUCCCCCACUUCAGAAGCAGUCGCGUGGAAGCGUGGUGCCCUUUUCUUGCCCAAUCCUCCACCAGAUGAAUUCGCACAUAUUGAUGAAUUGGGAAACGAGAAACCAUGGUACGCAAGAGAAAAUUGGAAGACGGCAGACCCAGACGACUGGUUGUCAGGCUCCGUUACGGAAAAACAUGCUACGGGGAAGCGGACGGUGAGAGAUGGUGAGGAGGGAUCGCAACUGAACACCCACACACCUCCGCAAAAGCAAUGCCAUGACUUGUGGAAGAAUGGUCACCGCCGAUGUGAAACGUUCGGAACGUGAUGAGGAUGGAGACCGAUGGAUUCCUAUUAUUUCCCCCUUGAAUGUUACGUGAAUUUUGAUGUGUUUCCUGUUUUCCCUACGCAUUUGAUUUAUCCAGUGAUUAUAUGGUAAUUCUGAUUGUUACCGACUCGUUAUGUAUCAUGGUAUGGCCGUCAAGUGCCCACAUGAUGCCCAGGCCCCAGGCGUCCCCGUUUCACAUCAUGCAAUGUCCCUACGUUUACCGCG